AUGUUUCGCUACCCAUUGAGACUAGGAUCGCGGCCUGGCACCGCCUUGAAGGCGAAAACUACUGCUCAAUCGGCCGGCCGGCUGCACUAUCCGCGUCACCUCCAGACCACCGCCACCUCCCCUGCAAGGAAUGCGUUCUACUCGAACCCCUCAUUUUACUAUGGGCUAGCAAUUGGUGCCACAGCUUUUGGCUGGGGUCUUCAUCAGGCCUGGAGUCCAUCUGCCGCACCAGUUGAGAUUCAGUAUGCGAACGGCGUAACUAUGCUCCAGGCAGCAAAAGAGAUUGAAGCCAUUUUGGGUUCCGGGGCUGUCAGCUUUGACGAAGAUGUAAUCGAAGCGCAUGGCCACUCAGAUUGGUCCACUUCCAACUCGUCCGGUCGGCCUGUUGCCAUCGUGUAUCCGAAUAACACUAAAGAUGUAUCUGAUAUCGCCAAAAUUUGCUGCAAGCACAGCGUUCCUAUGGUACCAUUCGGGGCCGGUUCGUCGGUCGAAGGGAACUUUUCAUCGCCUUAUAGCGGUAUCUGCAUAGACUUCACGUUCAUGGACGAAGUCGUCGCAUUCCAUCCAGAAGACAUGGAUGUGGUCGUUCAACCUGGUGUCAACUGGGUAGAUCUCAAUAAGCGCAUGCAAAACUCCGGUCUGUUCCUGCCAAUGGAUCCGUCACCAACGGCGACGAUUGGCGGUAUGGUCUCGACCAAUUGCAGCGGUACCAAUGCAUUCCGAUACGGUACGAUGAAAGACUGGGUCAUCAACGUUACAGUUGUGCUGCCUAACGGCCGUAUCAUUAAGACCAGACAGAGGCCGAGAAAGUCUUCUGCUGGCUACAACCUCACUUCUCUGUUCGUUGGAGCAGAGGGCACGCUCGGCAUGAUCACCGAAAUUACAUGUAAACUAGCUGUAUUACCGCAGGAGACAGGCGUCGCCGUCGUCUCAUUCCCUUCAAUCAGCGAUGCUGCCACUGCCGCCUCUAAGCUGAUACGUUCAGGGAUACAGUUGGCUGCUUUGGAGCUCAUGGAUGACGUGCAGAUGGGGGUGUUGAACAAACAUGGCAGUGCAGCAGUACGACGUUGGCAAUUUCCGGAAAACCCCACGCUUUUUCUAAAAUUCUCUGGCACCAAAGAGGGGGUUCAUGGCGAUAUUGCUUCCGUUAAGUCCGUCAUAGAACCAUUCAGCCCGAGCAAAAUAUUGUUUGCCGCAAACAAGCAAGAAGAAAUCGAUCUAUGGUCGGGAAGGAAGGAGGCGCUGUGGACCAUGACGUCCAUCAAGCCUCAAGGUUUCAACAUUUGGUCAACUGAUGUUGCAGUUCCUAUAUCUAAGCUUGCAGAACUUAUUGAUAUUUCCAAGCAGGAAUCCGACAAACUUGGAGUUUUUGCUAGUAUCGUCGGGCACGUCGGAGACGGAAAUUUCCACCAAGCCGUUAUGUACGAUGCAAAGAAUGAGGAGCACGUCCAGGCUGUGGAAGACUGCGUGCACAAGAUGAUGGAUCGAGCUGUGGAGCUCGGAGGUACAGUUUCGGGAGAACAUGGUAUUGGAAUUGGAAAGAAGGAAUGCCUCUUGAAUGAGCUGGGUGUCGACACGAUUGACUUGAUGAGAGCUCUGAAGAGCUCUGUAGAUCCCAAGUGA